AUGUACGGUCUGUGCGGCUGCUGCUGGGCGCUGAGGCCUCGAUACAAGCGGCUGGUCGACAACAUCUUCCCAGAAGACCCCGAGGAUGGGCUGGUGAAAGCCAACAUGGAGAAGCUGACCUUCUUCGCUCUGUCGGCGCCGGAGAAACUCGACCGAAUCGCUGCGUACCUGUCGGAGCGUCUGACCAGAGACCUGAACCGCCACCGCUACGGAUAUGUUUGCAUAGCGAUGGAGGCGCUGGAGCAGCUGCUGUUGGCUUGUCACUGCCAAAGCAUCAACCUGCUGGUGGAAAGUUUCCUCAGUACGCUGCGACUGCUGCUGGAGGCCGACAAGCCACAUCUCCACAUCCUCGCCACCAACUCGUUUGUGAAGUUUGCAAACAUCGAGGAGGACACGCCGUCGUAUCAUCGCAGCUACGACUUCUUUGUGUCUCGCUUCAGUGAGAUGUGCCACUCUGAACAUGACGACCCCGACACCCAGAACAAGAUCCGUGUGUCAGGGAUCCGUGGCCUGCAGGGCGUUGUCAGGAAGACGGUGGAUAAUGAGCUGCAGGUCAAUAUUUGGGAACCUCGUCACAUGGAGCAGAUUGUCCCUGCCCUGCUGGUCAAUCUGCAGCAGCACACGUCAAACAACAGUGGGUCUCCAGCGGAGCAGACGGAGGUUUGUUUCAGGGAGCUGCUGGGCCGAGCUGCUUACGGACACAUUAACAACGCCAUCAGACCGGUGCUCAUGCACCUCGACAGUCACAGUCUUUGGGAAGGACGAGGAUUUGCUGUUCAGUGUUUUCAGAUCAUCAUGUACUCGAUUCAGUCGCAGCACUCUCACCUGGUCAUCCAGCAGCUUCUGGGUCACCUGGAUGCCAACAGCAGGAGUCCGGCUUCCGUCCGGGCGGGAAUUGUGGAGGUUCUGUCUGAGGCUGCUGUUAUCGAAGCUACUGGAUCCGUAGGUCCCACAGUGCUGGAAGUGUUCAACACGUUGCUGCGGCAGCUGCGGCAAAGCGUCGACUACCAGCUGACUGGUUACUAUGACAACGCCGGGAAGCGCAAAACCACCUCUAGCGAAGAGAAAACGCUGCAGGACGCCGUCAUCAAAACCAUCGGAUCCUUCGCCAACACACUUCCUGUCUACCAGCGGUCCGAGGUCAUGCUGUUCAUCAUGGGGAAGAUCCCCGUCCCCGGUAUCUACCCCGCCCUGGGGUCGCCCAACGCCGGGUUCGAAGGCAGCAGGAUGAUCCAGGUGAUGCUGCUCAAGUCCCUCCUCCAGGUGUCGGAGCGGUAUGAAAGCAGCAACCUGCUGACGGCGCUGCCUUCGUCCUUCCUGGAGCCUCUGCUGUCCUUCACCCUGAUGGAGGACCCGGAGAUCCGGCUGCUGGUUCUGUCCAUCCUCACAUCGCUCAUUGACCGGCGCCACAACGCCGCCAGGCUCAGCGCCAUCACUGCCAGUGCUGCGUUCGACGUUUCCUCGUUGGAGCUGAAGGAGGACAGAAGUUCUCGACAGGACAACCUGUUCAUGAGGAAGCACGCCCAGCGCCUCUACAGACACGUGUUCUUGGCCUGUAAGGAGGAGAGCAGCGGUCGCAGCCACUACCAGCAGCUCUUCGUCCUAUUGGCUGUUCUCACUGUGGAACUGGCCAAUGAGGAGGUGCUGGUGGACCUGAUCCGGCUGGUUCUGGCUCUGCAGGACCUGGCCUCGUCCAAUCAGGAGCCUCUGACGCCGUCGAACCGCUGUGGCAUUCACGCCGUCUGCGGCGCCGCCCUCCAUGUGAUGUCACAGCUCGGGCCGCCGCCGCCGCUGCAGCAACAUGUUGCUCAGGUUAUAGACAGUCGACGGAGAGACGCCCCACAGCUGCUGCCCGAAAACAUCUUCUGUGACACAGACAGCUUCAAACCGCCGGACGAUGAGCUGAAGGUGGACGAAGAGCUGUUGUUCGUCCAGUCGAAGAUCUGCGAGGCUCUGACGGCGAGCAGCUACAGCGCUCACUGUGAACGCUUCAGCUCGCCGUACACACCUCAGCUGACAGACGAAGACCGUCUGGCGAAGAGGAAGAGCAUCGGAGACGUCAUCUCUCUGCAGAUGGAGAUGGAUCCUCAGAGUCCGGAGACGCCUCAGAAGCCUCAGACCGAGCAGAUCACCUUUGAGACGCUGAAGAACGCCAUCGAGGAUCGAGGGUUCGUGGAGGAGGAGGAGAGGAGGAAGAGGCUGGAGGUGGUGGAGAGGUUCCAGACGGCGCCGUUCGAGGAGAUCGCUGCUCACUGUGGAUCCAGGGCGUCGCUGCUUCAGUCCAAACUGGACCAGGUGUUCGAUCUGAUCAUCCGUCCUCCUCCGUCUCCGUCCGGACAGUCGCCGCCUCGCUCCACGCCGCUCUACGAGAUGAAGUUUCCCGACCUCUGUGUUUAUUAG